AUGGCCUCCGCGGCGGCGAGUUUUCCAGCCUUCUCGGCCUCGGCGUUCGCCUUCGCGAUCGCGGCGGCGCGCUUCUCCGCCUCCGCGGCGGCAGCCUUCUCAGCCUUGGCGCGUUCCGCGGCGGCGGCGGCUUGCUCCUUCUCCUUGGCAGCCUGCGCCGCCUUCUCAGCCUUGACGCGGUCGGCUUGCGCCUUGGCUUCCGCCUGCGCCUUCGCGGCUUGCUCCUUCUCCUGGGCGGCCAGCGCGGCCUUCUCUUGCUUCACGCGCUCGGCCUGGGCCUUGGCCUCCGCGGCAGCCUUCGCGGCUUGCUCCUUCUCCUUGGCAGCCUCCGCGGCCUUCUCAGCCUUCGCGGCUUCCGCUUGAGCCUUGGCUCGCUCCGCGGCAGCCUUCUCCGCGGCGGCCUUCUCAGCGGCUUGCGCCUUCGCUUGCUCCGCGGCAGCUUUCUCGGCGGCAGCCUUCUCAGCCUUCGCGGCGUCCGCCUUUGCCUUCGCUUGCUCGGCCUGAGCCUUCGCUUGCGCGGCGGCGGCCUUCUCGGCGGCGGCCUUCUCAGCCUUCGCGGCGUCCGCCUUUGCCUUCGCUUGCUCGGCCUGAGCCUUCGCUUGCGCGGCGGCGGCCUUCUCGGCGGCGGCCUUCUCAGCCUUCGCGGCGUCCGCCUUUGCCUUCGCUUGCUCCGCUUGCGCCUUGGCUUCCGCCUGCGCCUUCGCGGCUUGCUCCUUCUCCUUGGCGGCCAGAGCGGCCUUCUCUUGCUUCACGCGCUCGGCCUGGGCUUUCGCGUCCGAGGCAGCCUUCGCGGCUUGCUCCCUCUCCUUGGCGGCUUGCGCCUUGGCUUUCGCCGCUGCGGCGGCUUUUUCCGCCUUGGCCUUCUCCGCCGCGGCGGCUGCUUCAGCCUUCGGGUCCUUCGCGGGCUCCGGCGCCUUCGGCUUCGCGGCCUCUUCCUUCUUCGCCUUCGCCUUCGUCUCCUUCUUCGCGGCGGGGGGCGC